GUGCCGGCGCACAAGAUGGCGGCCAUGCAGCCGGGCGGCGGGGCGGUGCGGCGGGUGCGGGCGGUGCUGGGGCACCUGUCGGGCCCGGGCGCGGGCGCUGUGAGGGCCGCUCCGUGCGGGAGCCGCGCCGCGGCCGCCAGCCCCGAGGAUGUGGUGGUGGUGCACGGGCGGAGGACGGCCAUCGGCCGCGCCAAGCGAGGAGGCUUCAAGGAUACCACGCCCGAUGAGCUGCUGUCUGCCGUCAUGACCGCUGUCCUGCAGGACGUCCGCCUGCGGCCUGAGGUGCUGGGGGACAUCUGCGUUGGAAACGUGCUGCAGCCGGGAGCUGGCGCUUUGAUUGCGAGAGUUGCACAGUUCCUAAGUGGUAUCCCAGAGACGGUGCCUUGCUCGAGCGUGAACCGGCAGUGCUCCUCUGGGUUACAGGCCAUUAUCAAUAUAGCUGGUGGCAUCCGAAAUGGGUCGUAUGACAUCGGCAUGGCCUGUGGUGUGGAAACAAUGUCCCUCAGAAGUGGAAAUAAUCCCGGCGAUAUCAGCUCCAGCAUGAUGGAAAACAGCAAAGCUCGCGAUUGCCUUAUUCCUAUGGGAAUAACCUCAGAAAAUGUGGCAGAGAAGUUUGGAAUUUCCCGAAAGAAGCAGGAUGCCUUUGCCUUGGCUUCUCAACAAAAAGCAGCAAAAGCUCAGCAGGCGGGACUGUUUAAAGCUGAGAUUGUUCCAGUGAAGACCACCGUUCUAGAUAACGAAGGCAACCAGAAGACAAUCACUGUGCACCAAGAUGAAGGCAUCAGGCCCUCCACGACCCUGGAAGGUUUGGCAAAGCUGAAGCCUGCCUUCAAGGAGAACGGCAGCACUACAGCAGGUAACGCCAGCCAGGUCAGCGAUGGAGCGGCUGCCGUCCUGCUGGCAAAACGUUCCAAGGCCGUGCAGCUGGGACUGCCCAUCCUGGGAGUGCUCAGGUCCUUUGCUGUGGUUGGAGUACCCCCCGACGUGAUGGGCAUAGGGCCGGCCUACGCCAUCCCUGCGGCUGUGCAGAAGGCGGGUCUGACUCUGAAUGACAUUGAUAUAUUUGAAAUCAAUGAAGCCUUUGCAAGCCAGGCUGUGUACUGCGUUGAGAAGCUGGGCAUUCCCAUGGAGAAGGUCAACCCCCUGGGAGGAGCAAUAGCACUGGGGCACCCCCUGGGCUGCACUGGUGCUCGUCAAGUUGUCACUUUGCUCAACGAAUUGAAGCGUAGAGGGAGAAGAGCGUAUGGCGUCGUAUCCAUGUGCAUUGGAACUGGCAUGGGAGCUGCAGCUGUGUUUGAGUAUCCAGGGAACUAAACUCCAGUGUACUGACAGCCCAACACUGCAGCUCAUUCUCUGCCUUCUCCAGUACUAGCAAAUGAUUUGCACUGCAAAAUCAAGUGGAUUCAGGUUUUUGUUACUAGAUCUGCAAACUUCAGGCACCAAGAGUGAAGUAGAAUAAAUCAUACGGGUCUAAUGAGCGGGUGGGAGAAUGAAAACCAGCACUUGCUUCAGAGCUGAGAAGCAGCCUAACACGAGAAAAGGAAUGAGUUCAGCUGAAGCCCAAAUGCAGGCCCUACGGUGAUGAUUCCUAAUGAGUACUUCCAGUCUAAUUCAUCCCUUUAUUCUGUGAAUACUAUCAGAGUGUAGUGCAGGGCAAAGACUUAACAUUUCCUUGAUAAUCUAACUACCCCUGCCCAAUCCAUCAGAAGCUGGUUAAUGUCUCAAAGCCUCCAUGUGCUGGAGGCUGUGCUUUAGCUUUCUCUAUUUUUGUUUUUCUUCAACUAUGCUGCUCUCAAACUUACCAUGGGAGCAAAGUGGAAGGGCAAGAAAGUCACUUACACAGGAGCAAGGUACAGACAGGCUGUGGGGGUGCCUGAAUGCAAAGGUUCUGAAGAAUUGGAUAGAAACCAGGAGUUUGAAAGUGGGCAUGCCAGCUUUUACAACGUAUUUCUAACUGUGAGCUUGUAUGACUCUAACUUAGAAGACAAGCUUAGGCCUAACGAGUUAUUUUUUUUAUAUAAAGCAGAUUUCAGCACUACACGAACUUCAGCAACAUCUCAGUACUUCAGUGCUAAUACUGAUUUCAUCGUGUAAAAUCUUGCAUUAUCUGUUCUCCCUCUUAGGAACAAAAAGAUCACUGAAAUCCCGAGCUAAUGGAUUGAAAAAGAAAUGCAGUAAUCAUCUUUGACAUAUUAGAAAGAUUAAAUAUGUAAUAGAGUGAG